UUAUUAUUCUGGAUCUGCAGAUCUUAGUGAGUGACGAGUUUCGGCGAGUGAACCGAAUAUCCGUAUUUGUUACUCGGAUUUUACCCCCCGUCCUGUACGAUUUGCACCUGAACGCUCGUAGCGCAGGCCCGUGUGAAAAGGCUUUGACGUCCUCGCCUCAGAGCCCAGACCGCCUCUGUCGGACAUACAUCGUUUCUUUCCUGUUAGGCUAGAUCUAGAUCUCUACCUGUGGAGUUAACAACUUCCAUCUAGACUUUGUACUGCUGUCUCUGUAGAUGUACACACAACAGGCGUUGUAUUUCGUACCAAGUCACACUGGUGUGAAAAAAGCCUUUAGUUCUCUGUUCGAGACACGACUCACCGUAAGAAGUUAAAAGUGGAUCUUGUCCAGCAAGGAUCUGUUACGUCCAAUCUUCUCCGUCUUCAAUAUUGAGAGGGUUGUGCUUCGUCGUCGUGAUUAGAGGACUUUUAACGUUCCUUCGAAUUGAAACUAGCAGCAUCAAUCCUGAGAAAACAGAUUGAAGCAGAAGCAUCUACCACAGCGUUCCUGAAUCUUCUAGAUAUUAGAUUUUUUUGUGUAAUUGUGUUCCCUUCAACCCGCCAAAAUUCCGUCGCCACCAUCUCCCGGUACCAUGGCAGAGCGGGCAGCACCACCGGUUUACCCGGGGCUGGAAGAAGCAACGUUGGCAGACAAGGCCUCCAACAACUCUGAUAACUCUGAUGACAGUGGAGUAGUUGACUGGAAAGAUCCAAAGUCUGUUCUGGAAAGGAAUCGGCACAUGCUUGUCAGUCAGAUGUCAUGUGAUGUGAUGUUUGUCGUUGGAGAGAAGAAAGAAAGACAGGGAGCGCACAAAUAUGUGUUGUCCAGCCGCAGUGACGUGUUCAGACACAUGUUUGCUGGACCCGAGGGGAUCAAGACAGAGUUUGAAGUGCCUGAUAUUUCAGGUGACCACUUUUGGGAAAUGCUGAGGCAUAUUUAUUGUGAGGAACAAAAACUUCAAGUCAUGAAUGUCGUGGGCAUUAUGUAUGCUGCUGACCACUAUGAUCUGAUUGACCUGAAGAGAGCCUGCAAGAAAUUCCUGCAAGCUAAUCUUGAAAUUGAAAAUGCCUGCUACCUACUGAUGGAGGUUCGUAACUAUGGUUACCCUGAGGAAGAGAAAGAAAUUAUUGCCUACAUCAGGAAAAAUGCAGAGGAUGUGUUCAAGACAGUUGGAAUGGGCCAGCUUAGCAGAGAGCUUCUGAAUGAGCUGCUGACACUGCCUGGGCUUGACGUUGAUGAGAAGACCAAGAAAGAGGUCACUGAUAGCUGGGCCAAGAACCACUGCGAAGAGCUGAAGAGAGAGGUCAGCAUAGAGAAUGUGAUGGACUCACUGCAGGACUGUCUCUACGUCUACAGGGACGACAGUGCCAGUCACAGGUACGUGAUGGACAGUGUCACCACACGCUCCAUCUUUGAAGAACCGGAAGAGCCAGUCACGCCACCUACCCCAGAACCUGUAAGCAAUGGAGUGGAUGAGACUGAUGGCAUGUCCACAGUGUCGUCGACCUCAAGCAUGAGGUCAAGGUCAUCUGUGCACACGUACUCGCGUCUUCCCAGUUGUAACAUGUGGCCAGAUCUUGAGCAGGUCACAAGACUGCAGGAGGUCCACGGUUCCGACCAGAAUGAUGCUAUGAUGGCUGACGCAUUUUCCUUCACGGUAGAUCAGAACAUUUACUUGUUCGGCUUCAGUAUCUACGGCCCUAAAAAGGAAGCAGAAGGCAAGUAUCAGAUAGACACAAUACUCUCCCGGAAGAAGAAAGAUGUUGUCAUGGAAACGAUAAACAUCAAAGGUGCUGGUAUCAUCUUGCCCGUGAUGUUCGAACGUCCAGUCAAAGUUGACAAAGGCUUGCCAUAUACAUUGGAGAUUUACAUCAAAGGACCCUCCUCGCAUAUGGGGUCUAGUGGACAGAGCAAGAUUCAACAUGGACCCAUUUUGUUCACAUUCAGUGAUGCAGCUAAAGUCAAAAGGAACAGGUCAAAUGUCUCCAAGGGACAGAUCCCGCGUCUAUACUUCAUGCCCAGGAAUAAAAAGUAAAUUCUUUUUUGUGUGUGUAUGUGUCUUGUCAGUAUGUACCCUAAUGAUUUGGUUUGAAAAAGUAAAGUGCACGUUUACAUGUGUUGUGACUUCCACCAAAAGUGCAUAGCCCUUUGCAGGACUUAGCUGUAGUCAGCGCAGUAAAUUCUUAUGAUAUUUAUGUUUCUACUGCCAUUUUUAUAUAAUUCACAAAAUUUUUUUAAUGAAAUGUUUACAGAAAAGCGCUGAUUUGUUUUUUAGGUUCCGGAAAUUUGUUGUACAAUUGGUUCCUUCUUACUCUUUGAUAGGGGUACCAUUGACCUUUCUUGAAUAGUCACUUUUUCUAUGAGGUCAAUAUUGGUGCAAAUGUAAUAUAUUAUACUUUUGGUAGCUUUCUACACAGGGUGACGGUUUGUUUUAAAAGCAAUAUGACUUGUGAUUUAUUGACACGUUUCUAUGGUGUAGCCUUAGCACCAGGUACUUACCAUGUUUUUCGUGAAGGCUUUUGUGUCUCAUCAGAAUGGAAACGUGUACAACUGCAUCUGUCUUCUCAAAUGUGCAUGAUACUUUUACUGUUGAAUAUUUACAAACAGUUAUAUGUAUAUGCAUGAGUGUGUGUGUUUGUAUGUCUGUAUGUGUGUUUGCCUGUGUACUGCAUGUACAGGUGUGAGUGUAUGAGUGUGUGUGAGACUGGGUAUAUAUGUUUGUGUGUGCGGAUGAGUGUGGGAUAAAUGUUUGUCUGUGUACAUGAAAUAGUGAAAAGACAUUUUGAACAGACAAGUUCUUUUGUUCAUUUAUUGUCUUUGACUUCUACAAGGAGCAGCAGUGAUUGGCAGAGUAUUGUGUCUAUCAUUUAUAUUUUUAUUGUGUCUUGAAGGAGGCAGCUGGAAGGACCAUGUCUGUUGAUCUUACCAUCAUUCCCUUUGAACGGUUGUGGCAAUCUACCUAGUGCUGGUCAUUCUUCCUCUUCACCUUUGUGCCUUAGAUCUUGCUUAUUGUGACAAUCGGUUUAUACUCAACUCUGACCAUUGUUAGCUGAAACAGUGCCUUUUGGUUUAAUAGAUGGGGAGAAAAUGACUCAGUGUGUGUUUACUCUAAUGAUAGUUCAGACAUUUUCCUUUCACAUUUCAUUUGGGUAUUAUAAAUUCUGUUCUAAUUAGGGAGAACGUCAUUUAGUUGUUUCCUUUCAUUUUUUUGCCUUUGUAAUGCUGAAAGUGACUUUGGUACUACCCAUUAUUGUAUAAUUCAUAUUGAUUGAUCUGAUCUGAUUGAUGAAUACACAAUUUGUAUUUAAUUUGAAAUGUUAUAAUGGACCAGUGGGACUUCUGGGGUUCUCUACAUUGCAGUUUACUUCAUUCCUUUAGUGCUCCCUGCUGUGGCCCUUAAAAAGAAGGGCACCAAGACUGUAGAUUCAUUAUGCGCUUAUUGCUCAUCAUAUCAUAUGACUUGAGGGCCUGCAUCAUGCCUUAGAGUCCAGCCUGAAUUGUUUCAUUACCAUCUUGUUUCUUGAAACAAGUUUGCUUUUGUGUUCCACGGUAAAAGAUUUCAAAGUUUUAAGGUUAGCCUCAUAUUAUCUAGUUGUUUUCUCCUUUAUGAAAAAAA